UUCGAACUAUUUAUUUCUUUCUGUUUUGAUCAAAGAUAUAAUAAAUAUUUAAACUAGCAAAGAUAUAUCAAGAAAAUGCCUUCCGAUUCUUAUACUUGUGACCUUGAUCCAGAGACAAGUUGUACUCUUAAAAUGUAUCUUUUCAAGAACGUUGAGAAUGUGGAGGAAAUCCGGAACAAUAUUAUCAAAGGAGCGUGGAACUGCGCUGUAAUCAAGCCCAGCUUGAUACUGGACCCUUUUCAAGUGGUCGCCGCCGCGAACCGCGCCGCCGUGUCCGCGAAACUUGGCUCCAUGGUCACUAGGACAGUCUAUGCUGAGAUUCUAUACAAUUUGUCGUUAACCAAGAACAUCUCGCAGAGUUUAAGCAAGUUUGGAGUUGAGAAAGACCCGAAUAUGCUCGUCUGUUUCAUCACGUCUGUAGAUAAAGAUGACAGCAAUGAUAUAGUACCUUUGAUAAAAGGAGAAAUAUGUCCAAUGUCCGAGCUCCCACAGUUUACCAAUUUGAAAGACUUGAAAAGUGUGUAUAAGCUAAAUAAGGUGGAUUGUAAGAGUAAUAACGAUUUGUUGGACAUUGUUGUGAGUAGGAUGGUUACAAAAAACUUUGUGUCACAUUAAAACUAUCCCAAA